AUGGAGGGCCCUGCAGGCUCACCAUACGCCGGCGGCAAAUUCGACCUCGAACUGAAUCUUCCAUCAAACUAUCCUUUCAAACCACCGACUGUCACCUUCAAAACUAAAAUGUAUCAUCCAAACGUCAGCAAUGAUUCUCCACCGAACACGGGCAUGAUGUGUCUUGGUAUGCUGAAGGACAGCGAGUGGAAGCCAAGUACGAAGAUGAGUGCUGUGUUGGAAUUUAUCAGGCAACUGUUGAGAGAGCCAGAUCCAGACGAUGCUGUUGAGGCCAAGAUAGCCGACCAGUACAGGCAGGACAAGGCAUCCUACGAGAAAGAGGCGAAGGAGUGGACGAAGAGGUAUGCAACGGGCAAGAAAUGA